CCCUACUGUAUAAGUGCCUUUUUCCUAGAUUGAAAAUGGUUAAAGACAUCUUACAUACAGUAAAGAGAAUAACAUAUUUCUAAAUUAAUCUUUCUAAAUUACAUUACUUUUCACUUCGAUAACCAGACAAUGAAGAUUUAUGCUAAUUCUGCAUAGUCUAAUUAAAAAGCAUGCACAUUUUUGCAUAAUUAGAUUUAAAAAUAUAAAUCUCAGGUUUAUUACAGGAUUUUAAAAGCCAUCACACAUUUUAUAAAAGGCUCAAAUAAUAAAAGAGCUCAGUAGCAGAAAUACAGGGGAUGAAUUGAUGAAAAUCACCCUGAACCCCUGUGCCCAUGUGUUGUAAUUGGCAGAAUUAGUUUCUGGAUAUGACAUCUAGGAACCAGCAAACUGCUUGAUAAAACACCCAAAAAUCCCCGGUGACCAGGAACCCUGCAGGGUGUUAAUUGCAAAAACGCAAACAAGUGAGAGCUAUGGUGAUGUCACGAGGGUUCAAAUAAAAGGUUUAAAACUAAAGGCUCUCAGUAAGCACUCGACCGGCUAUGGAGUGAACGAUCAUUUUCAUCAUCAAUAUGGAUUUUAAAAUACAAUGGAUUUAAUUCAAUUUUACAUUUCACUUUUAUACAUGCCAAUUGGAGAUGAGAAGUAAUUUCACUGGAUUUUCAGGACAUGUAAACAAAACAAAUGAAAGCACGUUAGAAGUUGCAUUUGUGGUGGCCAACUGUCUGGUUUUGCUUGUAACUUUGCACGUAGGAACUCUCGCCAAUUUGUUUGUGACUUGGGCUGUGUACCGUCAAAAGUCACUCCAGACAUCCAACAAUGCACUCCUGGUGAAUUUAGCUGUUAUCGAUACCUUACGAUGCGUUAUCGAUUGCCCGUUGCUCCUCAAUAUCGCUCUAAGCGUGCGCACCGCAAAGGACUUCGGGAUUGUUUUCUGUAGCGCACAGAUUGCGUCUUUUUCUCUUAUUUGUUGCGUGCAGUUGUUCACUUUGGGGUGCAUCAGCGCAGAGAGAUAUCAAGCCGUCGCACGUCCGUUUAAAAACGCAGAGCGUCGGAAACGUAUAACGGUGUCUAUUAUAUUGACCUGGGUGGUGCCGAUCUCAAUAUCGGUCCUGUGCGUGAUAUUUGCCAAAGACUCGCCGGUCUACGUCAGGUGUAGGGGGUGGCGCGUGCAUACUUUGGACUCCUAUGACACUUUUGGAUUUUAUAUUUUGACUCCCGUCUGGUGCGUUUGUUUGGCGGUCAUUGUUGGAUUUUACACCCGCAUAUUUGUUUUGGUGAGAGCACACGGUAGGAAAAUAUAUGAUAAGGGGUCUUUUAUGCCUCCUGAGAAGAAAGAAGAUAAAAAGAAUCAGAAAGAAGAAGAAAUAAAGACAAAUAUUAAGAGUGAUGACGAAAAGCCACAAGGUAUACGUAGUAAUAACGAAUUUGAAAAGGAGGCGUCUGCUGGAAUGAUGGCAUCCAAUUUGGAAAAACCUUUGGAUUUUGCUCCAUCUAAAAAUGAGACGACCACGAUAGAUAAACUGGAUAAUGUGUCUGAAAAACCUAAAGAAACAAAAGUCGCUUUUAAAGAUGAACUUUCCAAUGAUGCAACCAAUGUUUUAGAUCUAGACGUUGUUGCCAAGCUGCACAGCAACAAAGAAAAUCCUGGAGAUAUUUCUACAUCACAAGGUAAUGAUAAAUACGAUGCCGUAGAGCCAAACUUCGGAGAUACUGAUGAAAACGUUUCUGUAACAUCAACAAAUGAAGACGGGGAUGCAGAGCUAAACGCAUGCCAAGAGCCUGCUGGGAAAACGUGUGAAGAAGGGGGUGCGGAGACAACCGACCACCAAAAUCCAGCAGCUGAACUGCCUCCAUCAUCCACUAAUGUAAAAAGUGCAAGCGCUCACCAGGAUACUACAACAGAAACAUCUCCAGCAUCAAAUGGGGAUGCUCAAAUCACGACAGCUCCCCAAGAGGAGAUGAUGGGGGCCGUCUGUAUGAUGCCAUCCCUCGCUCAAAGAGAAAAGGGGAACACCAAGAAAGAGAGCAAACUGGCCAAACGUUCUGGAUACAUUAUUUUCACCUUCCUCAUAUUUUGGAUCCCACUGAUUGGGACUGUGCUCCUGAAUCACUUCUUUUACCAAAACAAGAAUCAAACAGUGAGUCUCAGGGUACCAUUAUUUACACUGAAAAAAAUGAUUUAUUCAAUUUACUCAAAUUUUUUAAGGUAAGUGGUCGCAAUCAAUUUAAUUAAGCUAAAGUUUUUUGUUUUUUUCUAAUUGAAAUGUAGCUUAAAUAAAUUGAUUGUGACCGCUUACCUUAAAAAAAAAAAAGAGUAAAUUGAACGAAUCCUUUUUUUUUAAGUGUACCGAUUAUUUUUUAUUUUUUGACCUGGUGUUCUUCUCCUCAGUUUUCGAUUUGAUAAUGUUUAAUACUUUUGAAUUUCUAGGGUCUUCCACAAGAGCUAAUAAGGUCAUCGCACCGUUUUUUUUUUUCAGGUUGAGGUUUUCCGACAGCUGGAAAUUUUU